AUGCGUUACGCUGCUGCCUACGUUUUAGCUGUACUUGGUGGUAAUGCCACUCCAGAUGCUGCAACAAUCGCCAAAAUCCUCGGCAGUGUCGGUAUCGACUGUGAUAAAACCAAAGCACAAAAAGUAGUCGAUGCAUGUAAAGGAAAAGAUCUUGAACAAAUCAUCGCCGAAGGUACAAAGAAACUUACAAGUUUACCAGCCGGUGGUGCUGCUGCACCCGCCGCUGCCGCUGCUGCUCCAGCUGCUGGAGGUGAUGCUAAGAAAGGUGGUGCUAAAGAAGAACCAAAGAAAGAAGAAAAGAAGAAAGAAGAAUCGGAUGAGGAAGGAGAUGAUAUGGGCUUUGGUUUAUUUGAUUAA